AUGACGAAAGUAUCAAGACGCCUCCCAAUAAUCUACAAUGGGCACGACGUCCUAAUCCAGGCCCACAACUCCUCAACGCGCCCUCGAUGUCGGCCUCCUGCGCGAUGUCUCCUUGGGGAUGAUCCUGAUGAUGCUCUUGAUAUCCCGCGGCCUUGUGAUGUGCAUGGUGCGACUAUGGAUCGUCAAUACGUGGCGGGGGAUACUGGUUGGUGGGUUCCUCGGGUUUUGUGUUGUCUGGGGGUAUUCCUCUUGUGGAAUGCUUCGCCCUUGAGGAUCCUCCCAGAUGAUGAUGCCCUGCGCGACGGACCGGGCACCGAUGAGAUUGAUCAUGUCGAAUCCGAAACCACCAGCGAGCAGCGAACUGUCCGAUCGAGCGAGGGGAAUCCUUCAAAAUCCACCCUCACCCCUCCUCCUUUCCGAUGGCUGCAAUCUCCUGACUCGGAAGCUGGAUCGAUCCUUAAGUCCCAUGCUCUCAAAGACGGCGCCACUAUGGACCACGAUGGUCGUUCGAAAAGGAUCUUCAUUCCCCCGGAGGCGGUUACGUAG